GCUCAGAUGCUGGGGUCCUCGGCAGGCUGAGACUGUCGUUCGGGUUGGACUUCUUACUAUAAGAACACCACCAGUGGACUAGAAUCGGACCAUCCGGUGCUAUGGAGCUACAAAAAUAUACUUACUGAUACUUCAUUUGAGCUUUUCUGACAUUUUUACUACCUCAAAGAACUCAAAGAAAAUCCCUGGCUGGAACAGUCUUCAGUUUAAAAAAAAGGAAUAGUUGAUCCCGCAUUUUCAGACAGAGGGAUGGGGCUGUAAUUGCGCAUCGAUUUUAUUUUUGUUGGGGGAAAAAAUACGCAUGUAAUAGAUUAAACAAUCUAGAUAACACUAGAGAUGUUUAUAAAUUCAAGACAAUUCACAUCUGUGAGAAGAAUGUCCCAUUUCAUCUCGUUUUAUUUUCAUAAUGGGAACACACAAAACAUUAUGAAAACCACUUUGUUUUCCCUUGGAAUCAAACUGUAACGUUUUCUUUAUGGAGUUUCAAAAUGACAUAUUCUAAUUUGAUGAACGAAAGCAAUGAUGGAAUAUAUUUUGAAAAAGCUCUCAACGAAUCUUUCCUGGGCCGAAUCCUAUUCACAGACAACAGCACCAACUCCACCAGCUGCACCAACAUCACCCUGGACCCCCAGGUCAUUGCGGUCGGGGUCUUUCUAUCCGUGUUCAUCUUGGUGGCUAUCGUUGGGAACAUUUUGGUUAUCCUCUCGGUGCUAUGCAAUAGACACUUACAGACUGUCACCAACUUCUUUAUAGUCAACCUGGCCAUAGCGGACUUGCUAUUGAGCAUUAUUGUGCUGCCUUUCUCUGCGUCUUUGGAAGUGCUGGGAUGCUGGGUGUUCGGCCGGGUCUUCUGCAACAUCUGGGCAGCGGUGGAUGUUCUCUGCUGCACCGCGUCCAUCCUCAGCCUCUGUAUCAUCUCCAUAGACAGGUACAUCGGGGUCAAACACUGCCUCAAAUACCCCACCAUCAUGACGGAGAAGAAAGCCGCUGUCAUUCUGGUCUUGGUCUGGGUCUCCUCCAUGGUCAUCUCCAUAGGACCGCUGCUGGGAUGGAAGGAACCGCCGCCGACCGACGAGAGCGUCUGCAGCAUCACCGAAGAACCGGGCUAUGCUCUCUUCUCCUCGCUCUUUUCCUUCUACCUGCCGCUUAUGGUGAUCCUAGUGAUGUAUUUCAGGGUCUACGUGGUGGCCCGGAGGACUACCAAGAGUUUAGAAGCUGGGGUCAAACGGGAGAGAAAUAAGUCGAUAGAAGUGGUGCUGAGGAUUCACUGUCGGAGCAUGCUGGAGGAUACUUCCAAGAGUAAAAACCACCCGUUCCGGAGUUCGCUGUCCGUGCGCUUGAUGAAGUUCUCCCGGGAGAAGAAGGCUGCCAAAACCCUGGCGAUUGUCGUCGGGAUGUUCAUCCUGUGUUGGCUACCGUUUUUCUUUGUUUUACCACUGGGCUCCUUCUUCCCGGCACUGAAGCCAUCUGACAUGGUCUUUAAGGUCAUCUUCUGGCUGGGCUACUUCAACAGCUGCAUUAACCCUGUCAUCUACCCGUGCUCCAGCAAAGAGUUCCAGCGCGCCUUCACCCGCCUCCUCCGCUGCCAGUGCCACCGUCGCCGCCGAGUCCUGCGGCGUUUCUAUGACCAGCACUGGCGCACGGCCGUCAAGGGCCAUCACAACCAGGGCAUAGAUGGCAGGGAAAUGGGUACUAUGGGUAUUGGCAAUGCCAGUGUGACAGACUACCGGCCGGGCUACUCCAUCAACCAUGAGUUGUGCGGGAGCUCGCACUACUACAAGGGUACUCAAGGACGUUCACUGAGUUUUAAAGGGUGGAGUCUGUUCCCGCCACUACAGAAGUCAUCGUUCCAGCUCAAGGAGAAGAUGAACAAUCUGUCCAAUAAGAUUAAGGGAGGCGUCGCGACGCCCUCCCUUGCGAGGACAGAGAUUGACACGGUUUCCAUGGGGAUUUACAACGACGUCGCCGAGCAGAGCUGCUAUCAGAUCUAUGACCUCACAGAGUGCUACGGCCUGAAGGAGACAGACAUCUAGAUUCUAGAAGGACAGACAAAAGGGAGUGGCGAAUGUGGAUGGCUACUGUCAUUUCAAUUGCUUUUCAUUUCACUGACAUUUGCAGUGACGCUGCAAGUGAAAGCACGUGAUGGUUGCCAUUGGAGUAUCAACACAGGGAAUGACCAAUAUAAUUCUUUCCUUAAAUCACCUAGUUGGGGUUUAUCGUUGCAAAGCAGAAAGAGGUAAGAGUCAAAAGGAAGUGCUCUUUUCCACUUGCACAAUGGAAUGGAAUGCGGAAAUUCCACAAAAUGUAAGAUCGGAACUUGGGGUUAUCAUGGGACCAUUUGACCAGCAAACAAACAAGACUGGGGAAACAUUUGUCUGCAGAGAGUUGUUUGGACAUCGAUCAAAGGCCUGAGUUCAUUUUGUCUGGAAAUGGCCCAAUUUGAUCCGAGCACAAAUUGCUCCAAAAUAUGAUAUCGAACCUUAAUGAUUGUAUCGUGUUUGUUUCAUUUUGUUGGAUGGCGAUUGAAGUGAAGUGGAAUGGAGCGUUAUUUAUUUGAGCUGCGUUAAAAAGACAAGCGCAGAACAAUAAGUGGGUAUGGAAAAGGCACUUUCUGGACAAGUGUCAAACUGACUUCUCAUUGAUAGUGACGGGCUGCUGAUGAUCCCAGCCUAUGUCCUUUGAGCAUUCUCACUCUCAAGUCCAAACAGCUCAACCCCUACAACCAGCAGCAACAUCGAGACACAAUGUCACAACUCACAACUCCAUUUUACCAUAACCUACUGACAAACACCCCUUUUCUAGGAUAUCAGCUCAUUGGGGUGGCAGGGUAGCCUAGUGAUUAGAGCGUUGGACUAGUAACCGGAAGGUUGCAAGUUCAAACCCCCGAGCUGACAAGGUACACAUUUGUCGUUCUGCCCCUGAACAGUUAACUCACUGUUCCUAGGCCUUCGUUGAAAAUAUGAUUUUGUUCUUAACAGACUUGCCUGGUAAAAUUAAGGUAAAAAAAAAAUCCAGCUCAAUUUAACACAAUGCAGCUGGGCAUAGACGUGUGUUCUCUUCGAGAAAGCACAUAUCACAAAGUAAAAGCCACUGACUUGAAUGACGAAAGCAUUGCACAGGAAAAUGUCGGGGUGACGUGAGUAAACAUAGGGUAGUGUAUGGGUGAUAAUAAUUGCAUCUGAUUAUUUUGCUAAGUGAAUGAGUGAGGUGAACUGUGAUGAACUGACAAUAGCAGACCUCUGUGAAAUUGCAUUAUAAAAGUGAUGGGUCACAUUCAGACUGGAAACAAUGUACGGAGCAGUUGAAUAAGUAUCAUGGUGUAUUUACCGUAACUGCAAUCAGAGCCAGAGAGAAGAGAGGUCAGAGAGAAGAGAGGUAAUUUAUCUUUUGAAAGGACAAGGAUUGACCGAAUGAAAUCCUUGAACACGUUGAUUACAGUAUUUGUCUGUUCUUUGCAUUGCCAAAAAUACGCUUUUGUUUCGUUUGUAUUUGCUGAUGGUUCAAUGACGUCUGUCAAUGUUAAGCAAAAUAAAAUGGAUGUCAGUCCUGGA